UAUGUUGUACUCGGUCGCGCUGGUUUUGAUAUUGGUAAACGCAAACACAAAAAGGCACGAAUGGGUGCUUCACAUAAAAUUAGUAAAGAUGAAGCAAUCAAAUGGUUUCAACAAACAUACGAAGGUGUUAUCUUACCUGGUGGAAAACCGAAGAAAUCAAGUGGUGGUCAUCACAAGCGUGGCAAAAAGAAAUAA